AAUCCAAUUAAGUUUUUGAAUCGAUUCGGAAUCGGGUUUUGCAGGUUUCUUGACAAAGUAGCAGUGAAGACAGGAGCAAUCUCACCAUGGUUGCUGUGUCCAGUGACACAAGUGGAGCAAACCAAGCAAAUGGAGCAUGGGUCCGAAGUUUGAGAUCGCUAGCUCCAGCCUGUCUUACUGCAUUUGUGACAAUCUUCAUGCUGAUCAGCAUUGUUGUGUACGACCGCUUCUUUGUUCCAGCCAUCAGAAAGUACACUGGAAAUCCCAGGGGAAUCACAUUGCUUCAGAUAAUGGGAGUUUGCCUUGUGCUGCAUGUCAUAAUCAUUCUAAUUGCUUGCAUGGCUGGAAGGAAGAGACUGAGUGUUGCGAAAGAGCACCAUAUUUUUGGUAAGACUGACACAGUUCCUCUAACUGUGUUCAUUCUCCUGCCUCAGUUUUGCCCUGAUGGGGGUAGAAGAUAACCUUGUGGAAGUAGCAAAGCUGGAAUUCUUCUAUGACUGGGCGCCGGAAGAUAUGAAGAGCCUUGGAACAGCAUAUUUCACUAGCAGUUUGGUGAAUGGGCAUUUCCUGGGAAGUUUGAUUCUCACAACAGUAUCUGAUAUUACCAAGAGACAUGGACGCAAGGGCUGGAUCUUGGAUAACCUGAACAUCUCUCAU